CACAGACACAGCUGAUAAUACGAGUCCAGAAAAUAAGCGAUAAUAGCUAGCGACGAUAUUGAAUAAUAUAAAUAAAGCCCAACGCAGAGGAAACGACGACCGAAAAAAAGCUGGACAGUAACUGGAAAAGCUAGAGCAGCGCAACUGCAACCAAAACCACACACGAUGUACACAUAUUUACCGCUGCGGCUCGUCCUGAGGCUGAUACCAGCUUUGUUCGUGCUGUGCAGUGGCAACAACCAGCAAAUGCAAAUGCAGCUGGAGCCCAGCAGCGAAAAAGUGCUGGAGGGACUCCAGGAGAGCUUCAUCAGUCUCCCGGAGGCGCAUACGCGCGAGCACAGCGAAAUGCUGGGCGACCUGCGGAUUGUGCCGCCCCACCUUGACUUUGGAACAUGGUCUGUGGGGCAGGCGCGCACGAAGCAGGUGACGCUGUUCAAUCAGCACACGAAUCGCACUCUCCAACUGAACUCUGUGGUGGGGCCCAGUCCGGCCUUCUACAGCAGCUUCUUUGGAACGCGCGAAGUGCCGCCGCUGGGUAACACCACAUUCAGUGUGGUCUUUCUGCCGCGGCAGCUGGGUGCCAUAUCAACGGAUCUGCUAAUACACACAUCAUUCGGUCGCGCGGAGAUGGCGGUACGCGGCGAGGGUAGCGAGUGUCCGUAUCGCUUGAAGCCGCUGGUGGGCAUCAAGGCGCCCAUUAACGCAACGCUAACCCCAGAGAUUCACAUGUAUAAUCCCCACGAGCGUCCGCUACAGAUACUCGAGAUUUACAGCAGUGGCGGGGAAUUCCAGCUGGAGCUGCCCAGCGGUGGCUCCGAAGGGCCACAGAAUCUCUGGGAGAUACCGCCGCACACGCUAAAGCCAGUCAUACGGAUCUCUUUCCAUGGCCGCACCGCCGGCAACCAUAGCGCCUACAUACGCAUCAAGAUAUCCGAACUCGAGGAGCUCGAGGAGAGCAUUCUGGUGAUACCCGUGGAGUUCGAGAUUCUGCCCAAGCACACGCCCUACGCACGCAACCCCCUAGCGGACUUUGGUCGCGUGGCCACCCACAAUGCGGAGGCCAUGGAGUUCAAGCUGGACAUGCACGACCAGAACGAUCAGAGCCGCGAACUCUUCGGCAGCUAUCUGCGGAAUAUUCCGGGCCUCUUCUUCGAUCCCAAUAGCACGAGCAUUGUGCUGGACCCCAAGCUGUUCGAGAGCAGUGAAACGAUCAACGAUUUGCUGGUUAUCAGCAGCAAGAGCUCCAGCCCGGAGCCAGUGCAACCUUUCACGGUUCUGGUCCGGGCAGAGAUCUUCAAGGGCGGCCUGUCAUUCGAUGGCAAUGCCACCAAAUUUCUAACUGGUGGCUCUGUCUCCGAUGGCUCUGAGGGAGCCUCGCCGCUGGAGAGGAAACGCUCGCUGGUGGUGCGCAACAACUUUGCCAUGCCCCUCAUCCUCUACAAUGUCAGUCUCAGCGAGCCGAUCGACGAGUCCCUGCUAGAGGUGACCAUGAUGGGGGAGCCACUGCAGAUCCUGCUGCAGCCGGGCGACUCUGUGGAGCUGCUGAAGCUCAAUCUGCUCAACGAUGAGGUGAUGUUCAAUUCCUUGCUGCGGAUCGACACGAAUGUCACCACCUUCGAGAUGCCGGUGGUCUCGUGCAGUGGGCGGCUGCACAUCUCCGCCCAGCCGUUUGUGCUGCGGAUACCACAGAAGAGGCACGAGCGAGAACUGCAGCCGGAGGUGCCAAGCUUGGAGCUGGAUCUCGGCACUGUGCCAUAUGCCGAGAUGUCGCGCGAUGGCUAUGUCAUCCUGCGCAACGACAACCCCUUGCCCAUCAAGAUCACCAACUGGUUCUUCAAGGAGCCCAAGACCGUCUACUCGCACAGCUCCUUCUUUGGCUGCCUGCUCGCGGAGGAUAUUGAGAAUUCGCAGGACGACUUUAACGAGGCCACGCGACUGCACAUCUGCCGGUACUUGGGCCAGGGCGACAGCGCCGUCUUCCAGGUGGCCGUCAAAACCUACAUAGACGGUCCGGCCGAGGGCACUCUCAAGGUGUGGACGCCCUACGAGGUGGUGCGGGUGCCCGUGAAGUUCAAGGCCUCGAUGGGACAGCUGGACAUCGAUCAGGAGCAGCUGAGCUUCAAGAACUGCUUUCCCGGCAAGAUCUGCACUGCGGUGCUGAGCAUCCGCUCCAGCUUCACGCAUCCCGUGCACGUGAAGAGCAUCAGCUUCGCCAAGCCGGGCCUACGCUUCAAGGAUUUCAAUGCCAAGGGCACCACCAUCGCUGCCCAGACCCUCACCAAGGUGGGGCGCAUCUACUUUGAGCCCACGGCCAUGUGCCAGAGCCAGUGCUACAUCAGGGACUCCACCAACGAUCAGGCCGUGUUCCCCAGCAUACCCGGUGGCGGAUCCCUUGGAGGGGAGCCUGGCGGCGGCAGCAGCAUCAACAACAAUCUGCUCUACGAUGGCGUUGAGCUGCGCCAACGCACGGAACUCUAUCGGCAGUUCAAGCGACAGCUGCAGGCCCUCACCCUGACGCUACACAGCGAUGAGCUGCCGCCGUUGGAGCUGGACUUUGCCAUUGCCGUCGAGUGGCCGAAACUGGUGCAGUUCCAGCCUAUCCCCCCAACGCCGGCCAUCGAGAUCAGUCAGGUGCAGCGGCAGUGGAUCACCCUGACCAAUCCCUCGCAGCAGCCGCUGCUCCUUGACUACUUCCUGUCGGACCCGGCCUACGCCAGACGCACCCAGCUCUCGCUGCCCCACGAGGUGAUCGAUGUCAGUUCCACCAGCUGCUAUCUGACCGAUCGCGAGGUCUUCUCCCUGCCCGAGGCCGGAGGCCCCAUCCUGCUGCCGGGCGGAUCCAGCCUCACCAUUCCAAUAACCUUUAGCGCCUAUCAGCCGGAAAAGUACUGCACCCUACUCCACGUGAGGAGUAAUCUCACGCUCUACGAGGCUGUCUGGCUGCAGGCACGCGCCGUGCAAUCUCAGUUCCGCUUCGGAAACCGUCGACCCGGCUCCCUGACUCCCCUGACCUUUGACGUGCCGCCGGAUCAGUUCGAAGGCUGCCAGUCCGGCGACAAGGCUGUGGUUACUGUCCGCAGCUUUACGGCCCGCAAUGCGGGUGUCAUUCCCAUGAGGAUCGAGGGAUUCCUGAUUGGUUCGCUGCCCUGCGAGGACUACGGCUUCAAGGUGAUGGACUGUGCCGGCUUCGAUCUGGGUGAGAACGAGACGCGCAAGGUGGAGAUUGCAUUCAGCUCGGAUCUGACGACAUCGCGCGUGAAGCGAACGCUGACGCUGAUCACGAAUCUCACCUACGACAUCGGAUACUUUAUGCUGGCCCAGAUGCCGUCCGAGAGUGUGGAGCAGUGUGCCGCCCAUCUGGUGCGCCCCGUCUGGGAGACUUCGCUGCGGAAUGCUGCGCUUGUGGUGCUGUUGGCCAGCUUCUGUCUGGUUUUGGUGGCCGCCGUAUUCGAUUCGAAGGCCAUCAUGACCCAGCAGAGUGCGUACGAUGCGGCCCGGUACAAGGGACCCGUCCAGCCCACCUUUAAUCUGCGGAAUAUCGUCAAGAUGCAGGCCGAGGAGGCGGCAGCCAAAGCGGAGGCAGUGCAACAGCAGCAGCAGCACCACCACCAUCACCACCACCCGCAGCAGCAACGGGCCAGGAAUGGGGGCCAAGCAAAGGAAGUGCGAAAGCGGACAUUCGUUGCGCCCACGACUACGGCAACAUCGCGCAAAUCAAAGCCGUCCUGGUCAUCCUGGGGCAUGGACAUGAAUUCCCUUAGCAAGCAUCUACAGAAAACCAAACCAAAGCCCCAAGCCAUAGUCACCCCCAUCUCCAAUCCCCCUCAGCCCGCGCCAGUGCCUGUGGAGCCAGUCAAGCCCGUGAAGAAAUCGCCGACGCCAUCACCGCCGCAGCCAGCAGCUCCUGUGCGGCCCCAGAAGAAGGUCAGACAGACACCCGUGAUUGUGGCCCCUACAGCACCCAAGCCCAAGGCAGAGCCCUCCCCUAAGGCAGAUCCAUCGCCCAAAGCAGAGCCAUCACCCAAAGCAGAGUCAUCACCCAAAGCAGAGCCAUCGCCCAAGGCAGAGCCAUCGCCCAAAUCAGAGCCAUCGCCCAAAUCAGAGCCAUCACCCAAAGCAGAGCCAUCGCCCAAGUCAGAGCCAUCACCUGUGAGUACCCCAGUCGUCCAGGAGGUCCAGGAGAAACCGAUGCCCAAGCCGAGUGCCGCUCAGCCGGAGAAUUUAUCGCCCAAACCCAUCAAGAUCCAGGAGCAACGAGUGCUAAAGGAACAGAAUGGAUCGUCGAAGAAAUUGGGCAAGACUCCUGGCCGAGAGAGGGAACGCGAGAGGGAGCGUCGCAAGGAACAAAAGGCCACCAAUGGAACAUCGGCUGUGGUCGCAGUGAGGAAAUCAGAGCGAAAGCAGCGCCAGAAGCAGCUAAACUUUGGCCAAACCGCGACCAGUACCUCGCCACCAGCCUCGCCCGAUACCAUCAAGUGCAUCACAUCGCCCUGGGAGACCAGCAGUCGGGUGUCGUUCCGGGAUGUGCUCCAAACAGCCAGUAGCCAGCCUGCACCCGUCGACAAUGGAAUACAUUUGGCACCGGCGGCACCGGCAGCACCGCCAGUACCAGCACUCGAACACCCUGUGGCACCACUACUGCCAGCAGCAGCAGCAUCACCAGCAUCAUCAAGCGAUCUCGGACCGAUUGGAGGAAGCCGAAAGAACUCGACGCCGCCAUCGAUGACAUCUUUGUGGGAACCCUUGUCGGCCACCGCCAGCAAUUCGCUCUUUGCCAAUGCCGAGAUCGAGUUGCCUCCCGUGGAUGAUAUGUACGAGCAGCGGGAGCGGGAGAGGCAGCUCCAGCAGCAGCAGGUGCAGUGGGAGCGCAGCGAACUGGUAAUGCAGCAGCAAUUGCUGCUCCAGCAGGCCCAACAAUUGGAGAUGCAACAGCGACAGCAGGAGCAGCAGCAGAAGCAGCUGCAGCAGGAGAAACUCUUGUUGCUGGCGAACAUGGAGAGCAACAAUUGGAACUCCCCGUGGUCGCCGCUGGGCUAUGGUGCUUGGCCAGAUCAGACAACGGGUGUGGUGAAUGUUGUGCGUCCGCCACCGGGUCUGCCUGCAACAACGGGCUACAACAAUAGUCAGAUGCUGGCCACAUCGCACAACAUUGCACAAGAACAACAGGGGACAGCAGCAGCCGCAGCAGCAGCAGCAACAGUAGGAGGAGGAGGAAUAGGAAUUGGAGCUGGAGCGGCUGCAGUAGCAGGACCCGGCGAGAGUCUGCCCACUCAGUAUGAUCCCUUCACCUCGCCAAGCUCAAUAUGGUCGGACACCUGGCGUCAGUCCUCGCAACGCAACAACAACAAUCACAUGAACUGAAGGGUUAUAUCCACGGAGAAGUAGUGCGAGGAGAUGGAGGAAUAAGCUCACAGAUCAAAUAACUGAAAUGAAAUCAACCAAAUGAAAUUCUUACCACAUAAACACACACUUAGGCUAUGCGAUAGACGAUGGAUGAGUACGAUGAAACGAGACGAGGACUAAGACGAAGAUGAAGGACGAUGGACGAAGCAUGAUCUUUUCCAAUUUGACUUUUGACUAAAUAAACGCAAAGAUAAAAUGACUUUCAUAUUAAAUUGCAUUUGUU